AUGACACCGAUUCAAAAAGAUGGAGAUACAAUGAACCUGGAGAACUAUCGUGGUGUAGUGGUGCAGAACGGAUUCGGCCAAGUCGGGGAAAGGAUUUUUAAGGACCAACUACAGAGCCAUAUGUUGAAGUGUCAGCACGGGUUUCUCAAAAAUCGAUCAACUCUAACGAAUCUGAUGGAAACGGUACAAAAGUUCAAUGAUGUGCUUGAUGAUGGCGGCCAGGUGGACGCAGUUUACUUCGAUGUGUCCAAAGCAUUUGACAAAGUUCCACACUCUCUCUUACUCGAGAAAUGCAAAGCCUACAGACUUUCUGAUGCUAUUAUUAACCUACUGCGUACGUACCUCCUCAAUCGAGCUUACCAGGUUAGACUUAACAGACUGGUGUUGGGCGUUUGCUGA